UCCCCGCGGUCCUACACGGCGGGGCGGGACGGGCGGGGAGGGGAGGCAGUCACCGCACAUUUAAGUGCGGAGCGCCGGACACCUCUCUGCAGCCUGCGAGCCGAGCCGAGCCGGGUCGGAUUGAACUGAACCAAAACCGGCCGAACUGACUCCAGUGGAAUCAAGUCCAGUCAACUGUGCCCAGGCGAGUCCAAACCGCAGCACAUCGCGCUGGGUCCGAGCCGAGCGGAGCGGAGCGGAGCGGAGCGGAGCCGAGCGGAGCCGAGCCGAGCCGAGCCGAGCCGAGCCGAGCCGAGCCGAGCCGAGCCGAGCCAUGCAACUGGCCCUGCUGGCCCGGCUGCUGUCCGUCGGGCGGGCGGUGCUGGCGGCGCUGCGAGGGCGCCUGAGCGCGCUGUGCUGGAGCCUGGCUCCCCUGUCUCUGUCCCUGUCCCUGCCCGGCUGGCGAGACUCGUCCCCCCGGCAACAGCGGGAGCAGGAAUGGGACGACGCGCCCCCGACGCCCACCAGCGUCAAUUACCACUUCACGCGGCAGUGCAACUACAAGUGCGGCUUCUGCUUCCACACGGCCAAGACCUCCUUCGUGCUGCCCCUGGAGGAGGCCAAGCGGGGGCUGGCGAUGCUCAAGGAAGGAGGAAUGGAGAAAAUCAAUUUCUCGGGAGGAGAACCGUUUCUUCACGACAGAGGCGAAUUUGUGGGCAAACUGGUCCAGUUUUGCAAGCAGGAGUUGGAGCUCCCAAGUGUCAGCAUUGUUAGCAAUGGCAGCCUGAUCAGAAAGCAGUGGUUCGAGAAGUAUGGUGAAUAUUUAGAUAUUCUGGCAAUUUCAUGUGAUAGUUUUGAUGAGGAUGUCAACGUUUUAAUUGGCCGUCAUCAAGGAAAGAAGAACCAUGUGGAAAAUCUGCAUAAAUUGAGGCAAUGGUGCCGAGAGUAUGCUGUUGCUUUUAAAAUAAAUUCAGUCAUCAACAGAUUUAAUGUUGAGGAGGAUAUGAAUGAGCAGAUCAAGGCACUCAACCCUGUGCGCUGGAAGGUAUUUCAGUGCCUGCUUAUCGAAGGGGAGAACAGUGGUGAGGAUGCUCUAAGAGAAGCAGAAAAAUUUGUUAUCAGUGAUGAAGACUUUGAUCGAUUCCUGGAUCGCCACAAAGAUGUCUCCUGCUUGGUACCUGAAUCUAAUCAGAAGAUGAGAGAUUCAUACCUCAUUCUGGAUGAAUAUAUGCGUUUUCUAAACUGUAGAAAUGGACGGAAAGAACCUUCCAAAUCUAUCCUGGAUGUUGGUGUAGAAGCAGCUAUAAAAUUCAGUGGAUUUGAUGAGAAGAUGUUCCUAAAAAGAGGAGGGAAGUAUGUGUGGAGUAAAGCUGAUAUGAAACUGGACUGGUGACUCAAUAUACUGAGUUAGGGCAGUGCAUUCUGUAAAAAUAGGUGUAUCUUUAUAGGUGAGUGUAUACUUGUAUCUAAUGCUUUUAACUACACUUGGUAUUUUGCACAGACUGAUGUUCAGUAUAACUCUACAUGUGAAUAUGUUACAUGCUUUUUAAAUGCAGACUACAUUGUCUAUUUUCUUGAGUAUGACCAAAUACUUUCAGAACUUUCACAUGAAGAGAUCUCUGAAGUAAACUUUCUAGUCCAUUGCACCAAGGACUUAAAGGCAAACUGUUUUUAUAAAAUGCUACAUGAGUGAGCAUGCCAGAUAACAAACCAAAAAAUACCCAAAACUCUAAAUCGUUCUAAACAGUUGUAAUGACAGAUAAGUCAAAAUUCUUAUCAAGGAACACAUUCUUCCUGUUUCUCAGGGCAAGAUGGAUUGCAGUUCCCGGGUAGAUCACUGGAGGGCCAGCUGGCAGGUCUCUGGAAGCACCUUCUGCUUUUUUCAGGGAUAAUAGAGGGUUAGAAUCUAGGAAUCAUUAAGUAAUCAUAUAUUUAAAAGACAAUCAAGGUGAAAAAUUUGGUAGUUUUUAUUUUUUAAGACUUAAUUGUAACAGCAUCUUCUCCCUCUCCUCUGCAUACAUACAUGAUAUUUGCAAAAAUGUUGGGGGAUGUAAUUUUCUGUGAAAACAUAUAUUUAGUAAUGAAAAAAUAUUGUAUUCAUCCAUCUUAAAACUUAGAGGUACAUUUUACCUAAUGAUAAACAUCAUAUUUCACAUUGGCAAUAUCCUUAGUUAUAACAAAUAUUUACAGUGAAACAUUGUUUUCAUUUUAUUAGUAUCUCUAUUUUCCUUUCAUCUGCAAAUAUUGAUUUAUUAUUUUAAACUAUUUUCAUACUGUAGGCAUACAGUUCUGAUGAAGAUUCCUUCUCAAACUAAUUAAUACCAUGUAGAACAACCCAACAUAUAUCUUCUGUUGCAUACUAGCUUUUUAUUUUGCUAAGUCAUGGAGCUACAAACAACAAAGUUCAUAUAUCAAGCAACCUUGUUUUAAAGGUUGCUUGUCUCAGUAACUAAUUACCUUGCUGGUUAUAAACCUGCAGACUUUAAAUGAAAUUAAUUUGGUUUUGCGAGAGCUACCUUUGAUUUUAAGAGCAGGUAGCAUCAAUAUAAAAUACAAAAAAAUAAAAAAAUCCCCAAAACCUGAAAAAUAAUCUAAUAUACUGCCCUCAUUCUUGCUUUUCUGGCAAUUGUUACGGCUUUAUAAUUGCAGGUUUUCAAAUUUAACUAGUCUCAUCUGCCCUCUGUCUGAAGGGCACAGGGAUAGGCACUGCACAGAGCAGAAGUGAGGUGGCACUACUCAUUCAUCCUGUCCACUGAACUCAAUGUCUGGACUGUCUCACACAUUUAAAUAUUUACAGCAGUUGGGAGCGAGCAUGCAUUAAAUGUACCACGUAGAGAAAAUUACACCUUCUUCCAUUUUUUUGGAAAUGCUAGUUGAUUUUUUAAAGAAAUUUUUGAAAGAGAUGUUUUGCAUUCCCCUAAUGCAUCUUCAAAGGUGAAGGGGGGAAAUGCUUAAGUAGGAGCUGUUACUUCUGUGUAAAGAAAAGUGCUCCUCUGCAUAAUCUGUGAAAAUUUUUCCAUUUAUAAUUCCUUCAGUUUCUAUUUUUACUAUCCUAACUGCAAAUAUACUCAGUGGUGCUCUUUUGUCCCCUUGUAUUUUGCAUUUUGCAAUCACAACACUUCCUAGAUACUGACAUUUCAGUAUUUUUUUUUCUUGUAUUAACAGUAAGUGACAUUUAAAAUGUGGCCCACACACCGUAACCCCACAGUCUUUUGUCAGUUAUUUCACUGACCUUGGCUGGAGUUCUCCCUGGCUCUAUGGGCAGUGCAAAUUUAUGUAACUGGGGUUUGACUUCCCCCACUCAAAUAUUAAAUCUAGUCUCUUCCUCAGUACCUACACCACAAUGAUAGAAAAUAAGCAUUUUCCUUUGCUGCUGUCUCAGUCCCAGCAUGGGGAAUGAUUUAGUGCAUCAAUGUACCAAAAAAUCUACAACCCUGCAGUUUCUGCAGAAAAUGCCAGCUGUAGCAUAGUACACAGAUAUGAAGUACACAAACUCCUGUUCAGAUUAGAAAUCCUGUCAUUCUUUGCUUUGCAUUUUACCCUGUAAAUAGCUAUUCUUUUGCUUCCUCUGUGCCUACAGAGGAAACUGCAGGAGAAACAAGGAGCUGAAAAUAUCAAAAUCCAGUAAAUAAUGCACAGACAUUUAAGAGGGCUUUUGUUAAAAGGUUCUGUGUUCUUACCUUCUUAAAAUGUUAUGGAUUUCACAUCACCUCUUGUUACCAUACAUAAUUAGUAAAAGGUUUCUACUCUGUGUGAUACUCCUUUUCAAAGGAAAUAUGAGUUCUGUAUAUUGGAAAUGAAGAAUUUCACAUUACAGUUUGAGAGUAAUUUCAGUUAAUGAACAGCUAUUGCCAUUUUUAUAUGCCAAAUUUAUUGUUGUGUAAACCAGCAAAAAUUUGGCUAUGGUUGGUGAGUAUAGUUUAUUUAAAAAAAAUUAUAACCACAGUUCAUAUUGGACCAAAAGUGGACUUCAGGCUUUCGUUAUAUAGUAGGGGCUACCAUUCAGUAUGGGACUAGAAAAAUAAAAUGGAAUGCAACAGGGUUACUCCCAGGCUUAGUGAUUACAGCUAUGUUAUGAUGCUGAAAAGUCAGGAUUAAGUGUAAAUCUUAUAAGUACAGAUAUGCUUAAUUGUAUCUUUGUGUAUCAUAUCAUAGUAUUGCAGCUAAGCACUUGCUAAAGAUGCUGAAUUGGGAAGGAACUGACACUGCAUUCUACUAACAUUAUACAAUUGUUUCUAUUUGUAAAAACACGUAGAGAAUGAGUGUUUAAGAGGAUAACUUCUGAUAAAAUUGUGACUAUACCUUGGGUUACAAGUAAAAUUGUCACUUAAGAUGCACUUUAGGAUGCCCUCUUUUUGAGUGUGAAGGAUCUUGAUAUAUUUGAAUGUUACAAAUGAUCUAUUUUGGACUAAUAGUGUUAAAUAAUGAAUACUAAGUUUUUCAUGAGUGUGUUGCACCUUUCAAUAAAUGUUUCUAUUUUCCUA